AUGAAGUGUUUUUGCUACAAAGCUUCUUUCCUUUUAUUUGUUACUCUCAUUUUGACAAGUUGUGUGUAUUCUGAAGCACAAAAGUGCCACCCAAGUGGCAGAAUCAAAGGAAAGAAAGCCCCUUCAGGACAAUGCAACCAAGAAAAUGAUUCUGAUUGUUGUGUACAAGGCCAAAUGUACACAACUUAUGAAUGUUCUCCACCAGUGUCUACACACACCAAGGCAUAUCUCACACUCAAUAGUUUCCAGAAAGGUGGAGAUGGAGGUGGCCCUUCAGAAUGUGACAACAAGUACCAUUCUGAUGACACUCCAGUGGUUGCACUUUCCACUGGAUGGUUCAAAAACAAGAGCAGGUGUCUCAACAACAUUACCAUCAGUGCUAAUGGAAGAAGUGUUGUGGCCAUGGUGGUUGAUGAGUGUGACUCCACCAUGGGAUGUGAUGAAGACCAUGAUUACCAACCUCCAUGUCCCAACAACAUAGUUGAUGCCUCCAAGGCUGUCUGGAAAGCCUUAGGUGUGCCCCAAGAUCAAUGGGGUGGCCUAGACAUUACAUGGUCAGAUGCUUGA